CCUCCCUUCUCCUCCUCCUGCUGCGGUACUUCACAUUAAAACAUAAAACCCCUCCACACACAGCACACUCCCUCAUCUCCAGCCUCCAUCAGCAUUCCUUUCGGUCUCUCCUGUGUGAUUCAUCCUGCAAACUAGCCAUCAUGGUUUCUCAUCGGGAGUUUGCGACUGCAGGGAAGCAGCCAGGCCUGCAGGUGUGGCGUAUCGAGAGCAUGGACCUGAAACCGGUUCCUAAAGCCCUGUUUGGCUGCUUCUACACAGGAGAUGCCUACCUGCUGCUUUACACCACCAAAGCACCAUCAUACAACAUACACAUGUGGCUCGGGGAAGAGUGUUCACAGGAUGAGAGUGGAGCAGCAGCUAUCUUUGCCUUACAGCUGGAUGACUUCCUGGGUGGUGUCCCUGUGCAGUUCAGGGAGGUGCAGAACUAUGAAUCAAACACUUUUCUGGGGUACUUCAAAUCAGGAGUCAAGUACCAGAAAGGCGGCGUGGCUUCAGGUUUCCAGCAUGUGGUGACCAACGACAUGGAUGUGAAGCGUCUGCUGCACAUUAAGGGCCGGAGAGCCAUCAGAGCCACAGAGGUGGACAUGUCCUGGGGCAGCUUUAACAAUGGAGACUGCUUCAUUAUCGACCUGGGCAAGGACAUCUAUCAGUGGUGUGGCAGCGAGUGUAACCGUUUUGAGAAGUUGAAGUGUGCAGAGGUAGCCAUCGACAUCAGGGAUAAUGAGAGAAACGGCCGAGCCAAACUACAUCAUGUGGAGGAGGGAGAGGAGCCGGCAGCUGUCAUAGAGGUUUUGGGGCCCAAACCAGCCAUUCCUCCGGGUACCCCAGAUGAUGAGAAGGUGGACACCUCUAACAGGAAGAAGGCUGCCCUCUAUAUGAUCUCUGAUGCAUCUGGUUCAAUGACAUGUUCACAAGUGGCUCCAUCCAGUCCUUUCAAACAGGCCAUGCUGUCUCUUGAGGAGUGCUACAUACUGGACAACGGGGUGGACAGGAACAUCUUUGUUUGGAAAGGUCCUAAGGCGAACAUGUCGGAGCGUAAGGCAGCCAUGUCAGCAGGUCAGAAAUUCAUCAGAGACAAGGGAUAUUCCAACAAGACGCAGAUCCAAGUGUUGCCUGCAGGAGCCGAGACAACUCUGUUCAAGCAGUUCUUCAGUGACUGGAAGGACAAAGAUGAGACUACAGGUCCCAGUAAGGCUUACACCAUUGGCAGCAUAGCCAAAGUGGAGAAGGUCCCCUUUGAUGCCUCCUCUCUGCACUCUAACAAUACCAUGGCCGCACAGCAUGGCAUGGUGGAUGAUGGGAAGGGCAAAGUCCAGAUCUGGCGUGUUGAAAAUGGAGCCAGAGUCUCUGUGGACCCUUCCACCUAUGGUCAGUUCUACGGUGGAGACUGUUACCUGAUCCUCUACAGCUACAGACAGGGGUGCCGGGAGCAACACAUCAUCUAUACCUGGCAGGGGCUGAAGUGCACGCAGGAUGAGCUGGGAGCCUCUGCGUGGCUCACAGUGCAGCUUGAUGACUCAAUGGGAGGGUCCCCAGUUCAGGUGAGAGUGACCCAGGGUCAAGAGCCUCCACACCUGAUGAGUCUGUUCCAGGGCAAACCCAUGAUCAUCCACAGAGGAGGAACGUCACGUAAAGGUGGACAGUCCCAGUCUGCUAACACUCGCCUCUUCCACAUCAGGCAGAGCUCCUCCCGUGCCACCCGGGCUGUGGAGGUUGAGGCCAACGCACAAAAUCUGAACACCAAUGAUGUGUUUGUGCUGAAAUCCCCGAACGCCCAGUUUUUGUGGCGGGGAGUGGGUGCAAGUGAUGAGGAGAUGCAGGCUGCCAAACAUGUGGUGGACUUCCUAGGGGGCAGUGCCACCCAGGUGUCAGAGGGUAAAGAGCCAGCUGAUUUCUGGGCUGCUCUUGGUGGCAAGAAGGAAUAUCAGACCUCCAAGAGUCUCCAGAACAUGGUCAAACCCCCACGCCUGUUUGGCUGCUCCAACAAAACUGGAAGACUGAUUGUGGAGGAAGUGCCAGGAGACUUCACUCAGUCUGAUCUGGCCACUGAUGAUGUCAUGCUCCUGGAUACCUGGGACCAGAUCUUCAUUUGGGUUGGGAAAGAUGCUAAUGCAGAGGAAAAGACUGGAGCUCCUAAAAUAGCUAAAGAGUACGUGGACUCAGACCCAUCUGGUCGAAGAGGACUACCCAUCAGCACCAUCAAACAGGGUGCAGAGCCCUGCACUUUCAUUGGCUGGUUCCAGGCUUGGGAUUCCAAAAUGUGGGAUACGGAUCCACUGGAGAGAAUCCGUGCCCGUUUCUAAAUGCAAUACCCUCCUAUCAGGCCCCCCCCCCCUGCACUUUCUACUGCCAUUUUAUCUUAACUCCAGUCCCUAAGUGCCAAAACUAAUGUAAUCACUGUUAUCAGGUUGCCUCUUUGCCUUGGCCAGGUUUCAGUGCAUCAGACUACAACAACAGGAGUGCAUCCCAACAUUAGUCAAAUGACUACCUGGUGUAACAUCAUCUUAAAACUAUACUGUAGAAAUGAUUUACUGAUCUGCUGCCUGUUGCCAUCACAUCCGAUCUAAGCCUAAAAUAUGAAUAAAAAUGGGAAAAAAGAUGUUUUUGAAAUCAGGACCUAUCCUUUGUUUACUUGUGCUUUGACAUUGUCAUGUUUUUUUUCUCCGUAAUGAACAUGUACCUCAGAACCUCCCCAUACUGCCCAUUUUCCACAGGUUUUGUGUUUACUCAUUGGUACUCAAGUGUUGCACUCUUAGAGAAGUUGCAUGCUGCAUUUUAUUUUUAUCCUUUUCUGUGCUUGUGAACUUUAAAAGGCGUGCUUUGGUUUGUACGUGUUGGUUUUGUCAACCUUGAAAUAUUCACAUGGAUGGCUUCAAAAUAAAACUCUCUAUUUCAAACAUG